UAAAGAAAAGCUCACGAACCUCCUCGUCUACGUCAGCCUUCGAUUUCAUUCCGGGUCUGUGUUGUGUCUGCGUCUAAUCGCCGUAGCCAAGUGAAGAAGACACACAGGCGAGACGGCGUACCAGGGAGCGUUGCAUUGCGUAGGCUUCGGGGCAUCAUCCAUCCAUUGUUUGGAGGUUUAACUAACCCCUUCACGCUUAUAAUUGUCCUGUCCUGUCCGCGCAUAUGAAUUGAGUUCGGAGUGGAGCAGCCUCCCCUCCCGUUUGCCGAUUGGGACCCCGCUUCGAUAAAUGUUCAGCGCUCUUGGCAGGCAACGCCUUAUAUAUCGUUCGCGCAUCGCCAGGUACGUGAAAGCAGGCCUCAUCGACAACGCAAUCCAAGUGUUCGACGAAAUGUCUAAGUCGGAAUGCAGGGUGUUUUCGAUUGACUACAAUAGAUUCCUCGGUGUCCUGAUAAAGAACCAGCGUUUGGAUUUAUCGGAGUAUUAUUACCAGUCCAUGAACGAGGAAGGUUUCACUUUGAGUUCGUUUACUUACUCAAGAUUUGUUUCCAAGUUGUGUCAAGUUAGGGACUUUGAGCUUAUUUUUACGCUUUUCGAAGAUAUGGAUAGACUAGGGACUGUACCUGAUAUUUGGGCAUUCAAUAUUUAUAUGAAUCUUCUGUGCAGCGAGAAUUUGGUGGAUGGAGCAUUGGAAGUUUUGAUUGUCAUGGAAGAAAAGGGCAGGGCGCCUGAUGUAGUUAGUUAUACGAUUAUUAUUAGUGGAUUGUGUAGAAUUGACCGCCAUGAGGAGGCCAUUGAAAUGUGGAAGUUGAUGAUCAAGAAAGGACACAGACCAGACAACAUGGCGUGUAGGGCACUUGUGCUAGGUCUAUGUGAUGUUGGGAAAGUUGAUUUGGCUUAUGAGCUCACAGUGGGGGAUAUGAGGGAGCAGGUUAAGUUUAAUGUGGUUAUUUAUAAUAUACUUAUAGAUGGGUUUUGUCGAGCCGGUAGGAUCGAUAAGGCACUGACAAUCAAGAAUUAUAUGAGGAGAAAUGGGUGUGCACCCGACUUGAUUACUCAUAAUGUGUUGUUGAACUAUUGCUGUAAUGCACUAAUGCUGGAUGAUGCCAAGAAGUUGAUUGAGAAGAUGGAGAGGAGUGGUGUGGGCCCUGAUGGUUACAGCUACAAUUUGCUUCUAAACGGUCUGUGCAAAGCGAAUAGAGUAGAUAAGGCAUAUAUGCUGUUGGUAGGCAAGAUGGAGAGGAAGGGAUUUGCAGAUGUUGUGUCCUAUAAUACAGUUUUAAAAGGCUUUUGCAAACAGGGUCACUCUAGACAGGCUUAUAAUGUCUUGGGAGAGAUGGAUAGGAAAGGCAUCAUGCCUGAUGUGGUGACAUUUACUAUUCUCAUAGAUGCAUUCCUUAAAGGAAGGAAUGUGGCUGUAGCAAAGAGCCUUCUUGACCGAAUGUCAAAGAUGAAUCUCUCGCCUGGACUUGAAUUGUACACAACCAUUAUCAACCAUAUGUGUAACACUGCCAGAAUAAAUACGGCCCAUGAUAUGUUUAAUGACAUGAUUGAGAAGGGAAUCAGCCCUGAUGUUGUGUCUUACAAUGCACUUAUAAACGGAUAUUGCAAGGCCAUCAAAACUAGUGAGGCGCUUCAUCUGUUGGAGGAAAUGCAAGCUAGAGGGGUUCCUGCCGAUAAAGAUACUUACAGAUUGAUUAUUCAUGGUCUCAUAAAAGAAAAGAAGCUGUCUUUGGCUUGUGGAGUUUGGGAUCAAAUGAUGGAGAAGGGAUUUACCCUAAAUAGUUAUUUGUCCGAGACUCUAAUUAAUGCCAUCAAUUCAAAACAAGUUCCCUCAGUUUAAACUCGGAUAAGUCUAUGCAAGAUGGCCUGCUAUGAUGGACUAUACCCACAAAUGAAAACUUCAAUAGUUAUUUAUCGACAAAUUGAUUUAGGCUGAUCCAUUGUAACAUGUUAUUUAAACAUGUCCUCUGUUGGUUAGUCACGUGAUGUUCUUGCAUUUAAAUAUGCCGCCUCCUGGACAGAGCUAGCAGGAUUGGAAAUUCGCUUCAUAUUACUUGUUAGAGGAAUGAACCUCUGACAAUUUCCUGAUGAAAAGAACGGCGUACUGACAGAAAACUCGAAGCAGCUUCCACUUGCUCAGAGACUGCAGGAGUUGUGUCUACACCCCUGUACCCCGGUUAUUGUGGGGGGAGUUUUCUCUUUUUCAGUUCUCCAUCGGGCAUUGAAUGUGUAUGUCCAUUCACUGAUCCUUGCUGUUCAAAAGUCCAGCUAAAUGAAGAUUUAACAGCAAUCUUAAUAUCCAGGGUGAUCUUGUUAACGGUGGGAUAGGCGAGGAGUAACAUUUGUGAAAGCAAGCCAAAGUCGGCAGCAACAGGUUGUUAGGUACGAUCAGAAGUUUAUUCAAAAGCAGUUGUAGGUUUCCACGCCAUAAAAAAAUGAUAAUAUAUUAUGCACUAGUGAUAAAAUGUCAAGGGUACUUAGUAGGCUGCCUGCAGAAACCCGAAUGGGUAACUUCCAUGCCUACGAAAUUUACAAAAGCUGCCUGCCAAUUGAAGGAAGAAGCAGAAGAAUAAGAAGAAGAAGAAGAGAAGGAGAAGCGGGAAGAAUAGCUUACUAAUUGGGGUGUGGAGUUUGGUUUAUGUGCCAAUCAAUCUAUGAUGGCAAUUGAGGCCUCUUUUAAGUUAAGUAAGAUGACAAGAUUGAACAAUAAUAAUCCCUCUUUGCACUAUUUUACUUGCUUAGCUCCAUUGUGAGUUUCGCUAUAUAAUAUUCAUAACUAAUAGGAAUUUUUAUUUUGUGACAAUCAUUUCUUAUUUUUAAUAUAAGUAUUAUCAUGUCCUAUAUAUUAUACAG